CUGCAGUAAAAAAAAAAUAUCGUGUGUGAUUUUGUGACGGACGAGAUAGGUAUUUUUAAUUUUUAUGGAAAUUAUAAAAAAUAUUGUACAGUAAAUUGCAAUCAAUUGUGUUGUGAUAAACCAAAAUUAUGUACAAAUGUCAUAAGACCGAAAAAAUGUUUACGUAAUACACGAUUAAUUGAAUCUUACGCAUAAAAAGCCAAAAUGGUUUACGAAUCAUUACCCCGAAACGUUCGCAUCCUUUUACUAGGGGAACCAGGGGUUGGAAAAACUUCGCUUAUUCUUUCUUUGGUGACUGAAGAAUUUACAGAGCAUGUGCCACCGAAAGCAGAAGAGAUUACGAUUCCUGCUGAUGUCACACCUGAACAAGUACCAACGAACAUUGUCGAUGUUUGCGUUGCUGAACAGUCUUUGGAACAAGUAGGGGAAGAAAUAGAAAAGGCUCAUGUUAUAUGCAUUGUCUUUUCGGUGGACAGACAGGAAACCCUCAGCAAAAUAGCCUCUUAUUGGCUGCCUUUUGUCCGUGACAACUGUCCAGAUCAUUUAAGGAAGCCUGUAAUACUUGUUGGCAACAAAAUAGACUUAAUAGAUUAUUCUGUAAUUGAUAAUAUUUGGGACAUAGCAGAGGAGUACCCAGAAGUGGACAGAUGUAUUGAAUGUUCUGCAAAGACUUUGACAAAUGUAUCUGAAAUGUUCUACAAUGCGCAAAAAGCUGUACUGCACCCAAUUUGCCCUAUAUACUCUAUUGACGAGCAAGAGUUAACUGAAAAAUGUAAGAGGGCACUUACAAGAAUAUUCAAAAUAUGUGAUUUAGAUGGCGAUGGACUUCUGGAUGAUUAUGAGGUGACAAUAUUUCAAAGGAAAUGUUUUGAUACACCACUGCAAUUACAGGUUUUGGAUGAAGUAAAAUCAGUGAUUGCUCAGAACAUCGCCGGGGGUAUUGAAAAUGAUUGUAUAACAGUCAAAGGUUUCAUUUUCUUACACUGUUUGUUCAUUCAAAGAGGAAGAAACGAAACUACAUGGACAGUACUUCGAAAGUUUGGAUAUGAUGAAAGUUUAGAAUUAACCCACAGCUAUUUAUAUGCCAAUAUAAAAGUUCCAGUUGGUUGUACUUCUGAGCUGUCAUACAAGGGACAACAAUUUCUUACGCAGUUAUUCGAAAAAUAUGACAGAGAUAAGGAUGGGAUGCUAAACCCGACAGAAUUAAAAAAUGUUUUCUCUUGCUGCCCUAGGAUACCUUGGCAUAACUUAAGAUACACGGUUCCAACUAAUGAAAAGGGCUACCUGACUCUUCAAGGAUGGAUGUGCCGGUGGACUUUGAUGACGUUAAUCGAUUUGCAGAACACUAGCGCAUAUUUAGCAUAUCUAGGGUUUAAUUUUCUAGAAAAUGAGUCACAAAAAGUAGCAAUACAUAUAACACGUGAGAAAAAAGUGGACAUUGCCAAGAAGCAGUCAAGCCGCAAUGUGUACCAGUGCCACGUCAUCGGCCCGAGGUCGUGUGGCAAAACCUCUAUUUGUAGGAGUUUCCUUGGAAUAGCUCAUAAGAAAAUAAAGCCGCACGCGAACGAGCGCGGCGACAGCAACCCGGAAAACUGCUGCAUCAACACCGUGGCGGUGUACGGGCAGGAGAAGAGCCUGGUGCUGCGCGAGAUCCCGCUGGCGCGCGUGUCGGACUCGCUGCAGCCGCACGAGGUCACCUGCGACGUCGCCUGCCUCGUGUACGACGUCGGCGCCAGCCGCUCCUUCGAGUACAUCGCCAGGGUUUAUAUUAAAUACUUCGCCGAAAGUCAUAUACCAGUGCUAAUAGUGGGCACAAAGGGAGACUCACUUGUCGCGCGACAGGAAUACAUGUUGCAGCCCGAGGUUUUCUGCGCCAAGUACCAACUUCUAGCGCCCCAGAUAUUCAACAUUAGGGAGAACAAACACGACGUUUUUGUCAAGCUUGCCACAAUGGCAGCGUUUCCUCAAUUUCAAGCUGCUUGGAUUUUAUUCAGCAAGCAAAGACACCUGAAGCACUUCGCGAGUUUGUCUGGUGAGAACUCGUCCUGGUGGAAAGCGGGCAUCGGAGUCGCCGCGGCAACCAUGAUGGGACUCCUUCUCAUAAAAAUAUUCAGCUUCCAAAGACGGUAAACGACACCACCAUUAUCGUCACAAUUGUACAUAAAUAAUUGUUGUUGAAAAUAGUAUAAAUUCCAAUACAUUAUGUAAUUUAAACAACAAAUGUAGUUAAUAUAGACCAAAGAACUUUAAAAAAGAAUAAAUAACGCUAUAAUUGUUUCCAGUCUUAAUUAAAAGUAUUUUGAUA